ACAUGAAUCCCAACAUGAAUAUGCAUGCUAUGCCUCAGCAGCAACAACAAAUGGGUGGAGUUGGUGUUGGACCAAAUCCUAUGGGUGUUUCGCCAUUGAUGCAAUCCUCACCGCAGCAACCCCAGCCACAGCAGCAACAACAAAUGGCACAAAAUCCUCAACAACAGCAACAACAACAGCAGCAGCAACAACAAACUGAAAAACUGGAUAAUAUUUCCAAAGUCAAGUGUCUCUUCACACCAAUGCGUGAAUCCUUGCUAACAACAUUUCGUGGAGCUGCUUUUACGUUACAGCAAAAUAAUAUGGCCGAUAAUUUGAAGCGAGAUAGCAUUUUGCAUACGGCCCGAUUUGAUAAACACCUCGAAGAAUUCUAUGCCUAUUGUGAUCAAAUUGAACUACAUCUAAAGACCGCAAUGCAAUGUAUGCAACAAUUGUCGUCAAGUCAACAUUACAUACCCGGUGCUGUAACCACUCUACGUACGGAACCAUAUUUGCAAGAUAAUCCCGGUCCCAUGCCAUAUCCUACAUUCUUGAAUACGGUACGGGUACAUAUACAGAGUACUAAGGAUUUACGUGAUACUCUUAUUAGUGCUUCACAAAAUAUAUCGCAAGCCGAUUGAUGAUGAAUUGACAUGGAUUGAAAUUUUUC